AUGAACGCGCUGCGGGCCAUCACGCGGGUAGGGACAACGUCGCGAGCAUGCGACAUGUUCAUGCGAGCCAAGGCGAAGGACAAGCAGAAGGGACAGAAGACAGACGUGAAGAAGACAUCCAAGAAGCCCAAGGCCCCUGCCGACGCGUCGAAGAAGAAUCAAGGUCCAAACAAGGCCUUGGAUUUGUUUGCCAAGAUUCUCAACGACGCCGAAGGUCGACCAGAAAAGUACAUUCGCAGUGAAGAGCAGAUGAAGAAAGACGCGGAGAUCGCAAAGGAGUACACCAGGAACCUGUUCAAAGAGCACAACGCUCGGAUGAAACAUUUAACAUGGAAGAUCAAGUGGAGGGAUGCGGCAACACAGGCACUUCCAGAAGAGCUGCAGGAAGAGGCCUUGACUGAGGACUUGGAACUCUACCCUCUUAAUCGCAGAUUGUUCACUGACUUCCCUCCUGCUCCGGAGCAUGUGAGGUUGUAGCCGGGGGUUGAACAUAUAACAUUGAAGGAUGGUGAUCAAC